CCUCGGAACAGUAAGAAAUAAAACAUUUUGUAGCUAAAAAUGAUUUUAAGGAUAAAAGUAUCUAUGGAACUUUCCAAUAGUGUUUCCAUGGAAAAUGGAAUAUUUCUUUUAGAGGCUGCAUGUGAAUGAGACAAGUGGUUGGCAUAAGAAAUUAAAAGUCAUAUGUCAGAAGGUGUUCCUUUUCGCUUGCAGUUCUGCUGUAGAUCCUUGUUGAUGAUGACUCAUAAAUGGAAAUUUGGCCGUCAGCAAGAUGGCUGUCGCGGUGACAAUGUUUAGGUGGCUUGAUCUUUUAGAAAAAGAAUUUGAUAAAGGAUUUGUUGAUUUAGAUAUUCUUUUUGGAGAAGUGGAUCCAGAUCAGUCAGAAAUAACAUAUCAGGGGAGACAAAAGCUGACAGGACUUUCAUCCGCUUUCGCGCAACUAGCCCACAAAGCACAAACAGUUUUUCAAGCUAAUGCAAAACUUGAGGCUGAGCUUGUUGCCCUCAGGAGUGACAAAGUAGAAGCCAAUGCUAAAGUGCAAGUACUUGAAAAAGAAUUAAAAAAUACAUUAUUGCAGUUGCAUGCAGUUCAGUUGCAGCUCCAUUCUACAACUGGCACUAAUACAGAAUCAGAUGCUAUUAAGUUAAAACUGGAAUCAGAGCUAUCACAAUUUAGAAAAGAUGCCAUUAAGGAGGCGCAACUGAUAGAAGAGACUGUGCAAUUCAAAAAAGAAAAUGAUGAUCUUAGAAAAUAUAUUUUACAAAUGCAAGGAGAGGUGUAUGGUGCCAGGUUGGCAGCAAAAUAUCUAGACAAGGAGCUUGCGGGCAGGUCUCUUUGCUUGCAGGCUGAGCUUGUUGCCCUCAGGAGUGACAAAGUAGAAGCCAAUGCUAAAGUGCAAGUACUUGAAAAAGAAUUAAAAAAUACAUUAUUGCAGUUGCAUGCAGUUCAGUUGCAGCUCCAUUCUACAACUGGCACUAAUACAGAAUCAGAUGCUAUUAAGUUAAAACUGGAAUCAGAGCUAUCACAAUUUAGAAAAGAUGCCAUUAAGGAGGCGCAACUGAUAGAAGAGACUGUGCAAUUCAAAAAAGAAAAUGAUGAUCUUAGAAAAUAUAUUUUACAAAUGCAAGGAGAGGUGUAUGGUGCCAGGUUGGCAGCAAAAUAUCUAGACAAGGAGCUUGCGGGCAGGAUACAACAAAUCCAAUUGUUAGGCCGUGAUAUGCGAGGUCCGGAACACGAUCUACUCUGGAAUCAAAUCGAGGCAGAAAUACAUUUGCAUCGACAUAAAACGGUUAUACGCGCGUGUAGAAGUAAAAAGAAACCAGAGCCGCCCGCACCAACUCGUCCGGAAAUAAAGGAAGGAGAUCAUCCGUCCGAAAUCGUCAGGAAAAAGAGAGGAAUUGGUGAUAUGCGAAUUGUUGAAAUACAUAGAGAUAAGUCGGAAGGCCUUGGAAUUUCUAUAACGGGCGGGAGAGAGCAUGGCGUUCCGAUUUUGAUAUCAGAAAUCCACGGAGAUAUGCCCGCAGCUAAAUGUGAAGACCUUUACAUUGGAGAUGCUAUUUUAUCAGUCAACGAUCAGGAUCUACGUAGCGCGACUCAUGCACAAGCAGUCCAGGUUCUAACACGUGUUUAUGGUAGAAUCAAGAUGGAAGUACUUUAUGUAGAUCCGCAAGGGUCAGACGACGAAGGCGAUUGGGAAAACGACGAGGCGCAACGGUAUAGCAUGCUUGGCCUAGUUGAGGAUCCAUCAGAUCUUGCGUCAGAAUCUGAGGUAGCAUUGACGAACACCAGGAGAGAUCCUGCUAACUACAAUGGUGUAAACGGAGAUACGAGGCCUGACAUCAACGAUGUUCUGAAUCUAAACGCACGUAUUGAUGACAGCAAUGCGUUAGAGCAACGACUAGGGACAGAUUCUAACGCUCCGUCGGACAUGUCACAUACAAAUUCUGCUACUAAUUCACCGCCUUCAAGUCCGGAUAGACAAGACAAAGCUGGCAAGGGACAAAAAACUGAAAAACCUUACGUAUCCUAUACGAACACUGGUGGGCCGGGGUCAGCCCAAAGGUAUGUAAGAACUUGACACCCAGGCUACGGUAGGCGCUUGUCAAUUAUGCUGUCUUCGAAGCCUUGUUUUGAAUAAGGUAAGGGUAUGUUUAUGCCAGACAGGCUGUGUUCUGAACAAAAAUUACGCUGUCUGUAAUAUGCACACGAAAUCGUAUAGGACCAUACAAUACCUAUAUCCUAAGUGCAAAAUUUAGGGCGUGACAAACUUUUAUACAGAAAAUUUCCCGUGCGUUGAUUUGUAUGAAAAAAGUUUGUUAUCUUCUUUCAUGAUAUCCUGCAGUGUAAUUCUCUUGUUUCCUAUAAAAACUUUAGGAGGCAAUCAGAAGAAUCUCUAACAUAGCGAUCUAACUAUCUCUAACUUAGAUCUGUCUUUUGACAUAGUGAAUUCUUUAAGUCACUGUCGUUGGCCACUACCAACCAUGUUACCAUAGUCAACAAAAUACGAUGCGACCCUUGAUAUUUCAAGAGGGACAUCUUUAUACAUGUCUUAUCUGACUUGGCCAUAAGAAUUAAUCAUUCUUGCAACAGCAUUUAGUUGAAUUGAACAAUUUGUUCUUCGUUAUCCUUUGUUCAAAACAACCUCCGCAUUUUUAACGCACCCAGGAUCACCAAGUUGUUUCAAACACUUUCCAGUCUAAUGCGGCCCACAAAACAAGUAAAAUGGCUUCCUCAAAUACUAGUUUCCAUUAUCAAGAAUCACUAAUACGCCACUUUGUUUAUGAUAAUUAUAACAAAAUUGCAAUAGAUUUUUCAAUCCCUACCUAAAGUUUUCUCCAACCAUUCAAUAGCAUUUUGCUAGUAUGAAUAAUAGAAAAAACGUAGGGAUGAACGUUGAUCUGCAAUUUUUUAUUGAAGUUAGAAAAAGGUAGCAAGCUUUGUUUUCAAAUUUGUUUGUUCGAAAAGUCUAGCAAAUUUUCAAAACUGUCUUUGUCGAUUUUUUUCGUCCGAAAAUUUCUCGUUCGCGGAUAAUUGCACUUAAUCUGGGAAGAAGAUUUUCAUGGGAGUAUAACAAGAACAAGUACAACGUACCUUUACCAUACAAUUGUAAAGUAACCCAUUUUUAUUGCUAUGGAUGAUUUUUCAGAUCCUUAAUCUUCAUUUAUCAAAUGGAGCUUAUUUUGUGCGAUAAUUGCAUUAGCCUAGUUUCCGUACUCAUUGAAGUAUCCUAAGCGUUGGUUUGCAGUCCUAUGCGACAAUCAUAACCCGCAUAGUUUGACGUCUUUAAACCCUAUCUCGAUCUUCUUCUAAAGAUAUAGAUCUUGUUAAGCAGGUCAUACCAUAAAGACGGCAUUUGAUUUCCGAGCCAAGCUUAAACCACUAAAAUGUACACCCUGCACAUUUUCAUCUUAACUUUAGCUUGUGUGGUCAUAGACCCCACAGAGCUUCAUUGAAAGUAAACAUGGGUUCAGAAAAUUUUAUUUUCAUGAACUAAAUUUAAGUUUCAUUAGAUUAAAAGAAAUUUGCACGAUGUUAUUUGACUAUAGUAAUGAAAAUAUUAAAUUUAUUCGUUUAAGAAAUGUCUCUUAAAGUUAACAGAGCCAUUGAUUUACGUAUUGAUAGAAUUAAGUAUUAAUUAAAACAUAAGAAGGGAAUUUUUUGUUUUUUGUAGAAAAUCAAUUUACAGACAUAGAUUAAAUGACGAAUUUCAUUCAUAUGCCUUUUAGAGAAAAAUGGCAAUCUUAUUACUCGUGUCUUUGCUGGUGAAUUUGCCGGCAUGUCUAAAGACUCCUUCUAACAUUCACUUGUUGAAUAUCCAUCUUAUUGAUAUCUAUAUCUUUCUUGUUGUUUUUUGUCGAAAUGCUAGACAAUUCCUUUUCGCCAAAGCCCUGAAGACAUGGCGUUCACAUCGUCAACGAUCCAUUCAGGCCAAUAAAAACAAAAGAAACUUAUGCGUCACCCCAACCCCACUUUUUAAAUUGUUUUUCAGAGGAAGGUUUUCAAAGUAGUGUCCGGAGUAAAGACAAACACUUUUCUUGGCCUUGUUUUUCGCUUCUAAGAUAUUUCAAGGUUAAGGGCCCUGUUUAAAAGGGUAAGCCUAUCAAGAUACAAUGUACAAGACUGAAAGUGUCCUUCAAUAUUUAUGAUGGCUUUGAAAAAGCAAACAUUUUAUAACAAAUUGGCUAAAAGCUUUUUCAUCUGACACUCCUCAGAGCAUAAAACGUCAGAAUAAGGGUCCGAAAGAACACAAUAUGAUGGAAAAUAUAUACCCAGUUGUGGAUCAAAAUAGCCAAUUAGAAAAACGCAAGCACAAGACCGGUAUAGUUGAUCAAUCAGUGCCGCGUGCCUAAAGAAAAUUUACCACUGGAGUCCAAGAGAGAAAACGAACUCCUUCUGUUUACACAAUAGCGGCUUUUUCAUUUGUAUGUAGAUCGAUUCCAAAACUGCUAGAUAGAAAGACGACUGGGCUCUGCCAAUUGCCUCAAACAUGGCGUCAUUAUAGAGUUUUGCACAAUCUUGGUUAUCUAAAAUAUGUUGACCGAUGGCAGAAUCACUUGUUUUAACGGUGUUUUUAGAACUAAAAGAUCGACGAGGCUGUACUAUAUAAGAGAAGUUUUGUUUCUUAUGCUGGAAGGAACAUACUAAUUACCUGAUCAUUUUUAUCUUUUGCAUUCUUGUCACGUUUGUCUCGUAAUGGGGUCAAAUUUGCAUUUGUUCGAAAAUCCCAGUGAAGUUUAUUGAAUCAUUGAAUCAGUGAUACUAGCAAGAUGCCGAGAAAGAUUUCUACAAGAAACUGUUCAGUUAGUUCUUCAUUCAAGUGUACAUCAAAGGUGAAAGGUUAUAGCAAAUCAGACCUUAAACGAUCCAAAAAAUUUCCAUUUAAUCUAAAAUUAUUAGAGAAGAGAAACAGUGGCCAUUCUAGGUUUUAGUUUUUGAAAUAUUGUGUAUCAUAUCGUGAAAAUUUACAACUGAUAUAAAAAGCAAAUCCAUGUUAAAUUUUUCUCUUCUGCAAGUUGAUCAAUCUUGCUACUAUCUUGAGGACCAAAGUUUUUAUUCUAAAAUGAAAAUCCUCUUAAUGUCUCAACCCCUUUUUUGUAACAUAGUUUCUUUAAAAGUACUUAGAUUUCCACUAUGAUACUCGAAUCCAACGAAUCACUAAUAAUACAGUUUUUAUGAUGAUAAAAGAGAACCUAUUCUUAAAAUUCUAACAUGACGUUGAGACCGCCGAAAUUUGCCAAAAACUAUAUCAUUUGCACAAUCAAUUGGUUAGACAAUUUAUGUGUCUAUGUUUCUUAUCAUUAAACCGCUAAAAUAUUGCAAAGGCGCUUAAAUUCAAUUUCAGAUUUUACACAAAUUGAGUUUAUGCUUAGCUUUCUGAUAAAAAAAUCUAAUAAUGAUUUAUUGUACUAACCUUAUAUUCUAGGUAAAAGUUCAUUUUUGCAGCCAUUCCUUUUUGCAAAAAGAAGCAAAUGUACAUGAACCUUUCGCAAGUGAUAGAUAAAUGACAGAUAAAAUCAGAUGCACGACGUGUCAAAUCAAUUUAGAAUAAUUUGUUUUCGUCAUUUACUGAAGUAUAUAUUGAUGGAGUUGAAUAUGGGACAACGUUAAAAUGUCACUCUUUAUGUUAAAAAUUAUUCCAAAUUAAAUUCUGCUAAAUUAAUUUGCUGGCGUUUUUUAAAGAAAUAUUUCUCUCUUUUUUUAAAGAAUUUGUUGGCCUCUCUUUAUGCGCUCUUUUAGCGAGAAGUUUAGGCCCUUCCGGGCUAGCGAUGAUACCUAAAGAUAUUGUGCGUUUGUGAUUUGUUUCGGCUUUAGCAACUCCGCUUGAAAAAAGCGUGUCUUCAUAAUUAGGUGUUUACUUGAAAAGUCUUCUUAAAAAUAUCACAGCAAGUUACUUUUUCCAACGUGCCUUUGAUUGCUUCGAUCCACUCUUCGCAUUCUUCACGACUAAACGUAGCCCAUACCAUCUCACCUCUAAGCAGUCUGUGAUCUAUCUGCAUGGAAAACAAAGCUUUCAAAUCUAAAACACCUUUCGGGAACUGCAUUGAUUUCCAUCUGUAGCAAGAUUCACCAACAAGUACCCUCUUACAAUCCUUUUUUAUGUCGAAUUGGUAUUUUGGAGGCUUAGCGUUUGAUUGCGGCUUACCGUAUAUCGCUAACUUUGCGUCCUCAUAUAAAACAAGGUACCUCAACUUCCAUUUUUUGAAGAAAAUAUUGUCAAAGUGCAAGUAAACCCAUCCACUUUUUACAACAACCAUCGUCGAAGAUUUAUCUCUUUUCAACAGUGUCCUGUUUUUUCGAAUUUUGAAAUUUUUGAGAUUCCUGCUCUGUUGACCUAAUAUCAUGUCAGAACAUGUUCGCUCCCACUCCUUGAAAUGCCUCUUCGCUUCGAAAGUGAUGCACGUACACGCCAUGCAUUAGGAUUACAGCAUUGUUCAACAGCGAUGCAACGGAGAAUGAGUUUUGUAUGGAGCAUAUUUGGACAAUAAUUAUUGACUUUGUGCUGCCUUCAAGCUUUUUGUUUGGUUUAAAAAGCAUAUGUCGCAUUAACAGUUGGCUUAUAAAACAAAAGCGUUUGGAGUGGAAUUCCAUUGUUUUGUGACUUUUCAUUUCUUCUUCUUGAAUUUUUACUGCCGAAAAAAUUCACCCUCGAUUGCAUGCUUUGUGCUAAACAAAAAAUGCCCUUUAAUGCAAUUUUUUAUCUGUUGAUUGGGAAUAAUCAUUUGUAGUGACUGUGUAUUUCUUUUUCCGCUCUCGUCAACUCAUUAUACCCCUUUUGUUUUGGCCAUUCUCACUAUAAUCGCUAUGAGAAGGUUCGUUCUCCCAGCUCAGACCCGUAGUUUUCCUUUGAAGAAAUCGACAAUGCGUGGUGUUUAUCCACCCAUCGAAUUUCACAAAAAUAGAUUCUCAACCAGAAAUGAAUUACUGCAGCAAGCUACUCUAUCCCUUAUAAACUUUUUAACAAGAAAUUUCUAGAAUGUGCUCGCACAACAUCACGUAUCCCACUGCUGAAAACUGAGACAAUAAUGCGAUCUGAGCAAUAUUUUCAUUAUAUUCUUAAAAUGCUACAACCGGGAUCGUCGCUAGCUAUUGUGCUCAAGAGGAUUUCCAAGUCCCAUUUGCUGACAAAGUGGGUGAGCCAUGACUGCAAAAAACACCUCGUUUUUGCGAUGGAAAUUUUUUCAAGAGGGGGGGUGUCACGCCCCAUGCGCCCCCUUUAGCGAAGGGCCUCCACGCAGCCAUAAACUAUUAGCGAGGGUGUCGUUCUAUAAUCUGGUAUUGGGCAUCGGUGUAUUAACGAACUCGUGUUCAUUAAACUAACGAUUAUAGCUAACGAACAGAGAUGCAAGAUUGGCUUCUAAAAAUGUGCCGAUGACAAUCCAGGAUUGAACCAAACCGAUUACAUUGGGUUUGGGAGGCUCCAGAGAAAGCAUUAUCCUGGCGAAAGUGUUCACUUUUGGUAUUGUUGCGCUGUUUGGGGCUGCUGUGGUUCAACGGAAAUUACCAAAUUGCAAAAACUUCAAAAUCGUGCUGCAAGGGUAAUAACAAAUUGUAGCUUUGAUGCCCCAAGGAGACCACUUAUCCAAGAGCUGGGACGGAAGACCAUUGAAGAAUCUAUAAACUGUGAAACAAAAACAAUGGUUUACAAGUCCUUGAAUGAGUUGGCUCCAGAAUACCUCUGUUGCCUUUUCACCCCUCCUUAGGUUCCUGGAGUUCUUCUGAGGGUACGCAUUUUUUUGUUUAUCAUUUAUUAUCUUUGCCGCUCUUCCUUUGUGACCGACCUUGUCACAGACAAACUUUUCAUUCUCUGCAUUUUUGUGCUGCUGUUAUCAUCUUUCUAGUAAUUUCUAAUAGAUAUUAACAUAAUGAGUGUAGUCAAAGUGGUCAUCAUAUUUCAGGGCACUACAUGCCCCCUCUGCCCCUCUUCGAAGAGGGCAGGAAGGCAGCUGCCCCUCCAGCCCCCCUUGUGUAGGCGCCCCUGCCUGAGACUGCCCAGGAAGACACAGCAAAUAGGCAAAAAUGUUUUUCUUAUAGAGGAGCAAGACUGUGGAAUAGCCUCUCAUCUGAGCUAAGCAGGUAUCAACACUGAAUAGUUUUUAAUGUUCUAUUUAGUGGAAAUUUGUCUUUUUUGUUUCUAUUAUUAUUCUUGUAUAUUGUUUUAUGUAAAUAUGUAUACUGUAUACUGUAUAAUAUGUAUAUUUAGACCUUGCAAAGGCGUUCGACACCAUUGAUCGCGAAUUUUCACAGACUUGAACACUAUGGUAUAAAAGAAACUUCCUUCAAAUGGUUAGAUUUUAUUUUACGUGUUUAUGAAGGUUUAUCGUGGUGUCCCUAAAAGAAGUGUACUAGGCCAUCUUCUCUUGCGUUUAAAUUGGCAUGCCCUCAUCUUCCCAGAUUUAGACUCUUUGUUGACGAUUUUCAGCUUUUCUUUCAUAAAGAUCACAAUAACAAGCUAAAAAGGUCAAAACCAAAAUGUGUUUUAGAAUAAAUAACAGUCCUGUCAUGGAAAGAAGUCGCAGUAGAUACUCAAGUGUUUAGAUCAAUAAUAUACUGAGCUGAAAAUAAAAUAUUUGAUAGUAAUGACACUUACUGUUUACGUGUUUGUCAUAAAGUGCUAGAUGUCUUAUAGGCAGAGCUGUAACAAAGGUUGAAGUGGCUUGGGGCUCAGGGGGUGCAGCCAUACUUGUUACAUUCUCCACAGGUUAGCAAUUAAGCCAGAAAAAAAUUAGAUUCAAUUGACAGACUUGAACGCAUUGCAAGCUAUAUACGCAUGAAAAUGUACACCAGGCUUGACAUGGCUAAAUAUAAAAAGUCUUGAAAGAUUUCUUACUGAGUACGGUUAGUUGCUGUUCGUAUAGACAGUUUUUUGCUGCAUUUAGGAUUAUUCUAAAUUGAUUUGAUGUCAAAUUUCAAAAGCAAAUACUACAUUUUCGUUAAAGUAGACUACAUAGC